AUGGGCAACUCGCACUCGGAAACGGCAUCGCCGCUGAGCAGCAGCGACAGCCAAGUGGGCGAGCUGGAUGCGCACGACUAUGACGCUUCAGCUGACCCCGACGCAACAGCAGCAGCAUCCCUUCCCAAUGCGCCUCUCCAUCAGCAACCGCAUCAAUUUCCCGAAAACGAAUUCUUCGAUGUAUGCUCCGACUUUGAAGACACCCCAGCAUCUCCUCAUGGACCCCCCCCCCGUUCUCAGAGAUCUCAUGAACGCUCUCCGUGGCAUUCAACGAGCAGCUUAGCCUCCCUGCCUCAGGAGACUGCACUCCGGCUCGCCGAGACAGCAGCAACAGCAGCGGUGGCUGCAGUUGCUGCUGCAACGCAAGCCCACGGCUUGUUUGGUGCACGCCCAGAGGCUCCCCCUUGCUGCCACUACAAACGCUACCGCUGUCUAGGCAGUGGCAUUGGCAGCAGCAUUAGCAGCAGCCAUGUGUGCCCCCUCGGGAUGCGCCGCAAGAAGCGGCGAUUGCUGCAACAGCUGCAGAAGCAGCAACGUCAACAAGAGGAAACUCAGACUUCCGCAAGAGAUGCCUGCCCCUCAUCGGGAGAGGCAGUGGCAAGUGACUCUGACUCAGCGGUGGGUGUAGCAGGUGCAGUAGAUGCAAGAAGAUUUAAGCGGAGCUGCUGCGCCCUGUGGCUGCAUGCGCCUUGUUCUACUGCGCUGGCAUCCUUUUGGGGGGAAAGGCUCUUGUGCGUCAUCUGCCGCUUCCUUCUCGCGGAUCCCUCCACGGAAGUCGUUUGGAUUUCAACGGUUGUGCCACUGAGUCUUGCUGCUGCUUCGCCCUCGGCGACUUCCUUGGGCACUCAAGAAACAGCUGCUGAGACGAUCUUCGGCCGUGAAGAAGCGCUCCUUCCAGCUUCUUCGCUGCUUGCUGUGGCAUCUGGCCAUGGCAGUCGCAACUCUGGAUUGCGAGAGGACGUUCGCGUGUUUUCCGCUGCUCCCCCUGUUGCCGCCGUCGAAGGCACCGCUCCAGCAGGAGCAGCAGCAGCACCCCGCAAAAUCCUGAGGCUGUGGAUUCAUUCGAGCGCUGCGCGGAGUGAAUGCAGGCUUAGAGGAUCGCCUUUGAAGCCUUCGCAGCCGAGCGAAGCGUCGAGAGAAGCCUCAGAUCGCGCUGCAGCACCGUCCGCAGCACCCGCUGAAGCGCUGGCAUCAAAGGAUAACCUUCGUCGCAUGCAUGACAAGCUGCUCGUGACGCUGCAUAUCGACGACCAAACGCCUAUGUUCAGGGUGCCACUUUCCGCCUUCCCAACGGGCAGUCCUUACACCAUCUCCGUGAGUGAAGAGCUGAGCGACUGCACGCGGAGCAAGCAGCAAGCGGUAGUGGAGGAGCCUCUCCAGAAGACUGUGCUGCUCGCAGUGGCUGCAACGCGUCAACUCAGCGAAUCGCAGAUCCUCAAGGCGAUUCAGAUGCUUCGCACGCUGCAUCCCUCCCGAGGCAGAGCUUACUUGCAAUGCGUUUUCGAGCGCGAAGAAAAGCAACAACUUCGGCUGCAGCAGCGCAGCAAUAAAGGGCAAAUCGGAACCCGCCUCACACAACUUCCAGCCAGCACUAGCAGCAGCAAGGUGCCGCUCAGCUCUGCAGCUCACCUUGGAAUUGAGGAUGCGACGUCCCCCUUCAAACGCUUCUCCAUAGCGUCGGCAGGUACACCUCGUGUAGAACGAACAGUGGCAGCAGAAGCAGCAGCAGCGGCGACGGUGGCGCAGUCCGCAAGCGCAGAGGAAUUCUCGCUCCGUCUGCGCUGCCUUUCGCUAGCAGAAGAGGGAACGUCUCGGCAGAUGCUUCUGCCGGCCCGUUCUGUGUGGUGCAUGCAUGCGAGUUGCUUCGAUUUGGAAUCCUUUUUAAGCACCGCCUUCCGCGGGAGACAGGUUUGCGGGGAGAAAUCUUCCUCCGGAGUGGUAGGACGCCACGAAUCCCCCGAAACAUCUUCAGUUUUCUCAGCGGAGAUCUCUGAGAGCUGGCGAUGUCCUCUCUGCGCUGCGCCGGCUCUGCCGCACGAGCUGUACGUGUGCGGCUUCGUGCUGCAGUUGCUAGAGCAGCAUCCCAAAGACACGGCAAGUGUCGUCUUUGCGGAUGCUGAGCUGCUGCUUCCUGUGCCUCACAGGACGCUGAAAAAAAGGCGGGGAGCUAGCCUGCUGUAA